AUGAGAUGUGAUCGACUGGUACCAAGGCUUGUGAAUGAGGCCAAAGAGCAAAAGACCAUCCUCAAGAGAUUAAGCCUCACUCAUGGGAAAUUGCCAGAGCUUCUAGGAAAGUGGUACAUAAUUCGCUGGACAGGAAACAUACCUAUUCCUGCAAAGAAGAAGCUCAGCCCACUGCCGCCCUUCACAUUCGUCAGGAACAUUAUUGGCAAGCUGGAGUUUAGGAUGAACCUCUUACAACCCACAGGGUGUAUUGAGUUCAAGAUAUAUCUGGAUCGUGAUAAGGACAACCCUAAUACCUUCUACAUCUGGCCAAAGCACCGCAUCUACAUCAUGUUUUUGGGUGGGAAGGACUUUGCUAUUGCCUUCCAUGUGAGCAAGAUUAACAAAACACAUGUCAAGAUGGCAAUGUUCAUAGGUCACAAUAUGGUUCCAAAGAGAACAAUGCUGUUGGAUUUUGAAGAUACUAUAGAAUACCUAGGACUGAAUAGAGCCGACAUUAUCAACCCUAGAUGUGAUGGUGGGAGGGCCAUGGAUGAAGAUGGAAUUGUGCUCUGUGAAUGUGAAAGGCAGGGCUCAUUGGCAAAGCUUUUACUAUCUCCAUCGAUUAGGCAUCCUGGGGCUGAGAGUGCCAGUAUCAGAGGGGUCCUGACCCAGGCACUCCAAAUAUGGAGGAAGUCAAAUGCAAGCAUGCUCUUCCCUGAGUUCAGAUAA